AUGUCUUCACAAUUACCCACAAUACUUAAUUCUACGUUUUUAACUUCUGGCUUAAGUAAAGGAUUCUUUGAGUUUGUUACUAAAGUUGGAGAAGCUAUAAGUAAACAGGAAGAAGAUAGAUAUGUAACAGAGGAACUUACCUAUCUAAAAAAUAAAUUAAAUCAACCAGAUGUCUCGACGUAUAAAAUGAAAGAUUACAUAACAAGAUUAAUUUAUUGUGAAAUGUUGGGAUAUAAUGUUGAAUUUGGUCAUAUUCAUGCUGUUAAUUUGGCUCAAAGUGCAAAAGGAUUAUGGGAGAAAAGAGAUUUAAGGAGUAGCAAUUAUCUAGAAGUAUGUGCUGCACUGACCGUAUUAUGUCAUUUAUUAAACAAAGAAAUGAUUCCAGCAGUAUUUGGAUUAGUUGAAGAGAAAUUAUCUCAUCCAAAAGAUACAGUCCGGAAGAAAGCUAUCAUGGUUUUUCACAGAUUAUUUCAUGACACGCCUGAAAUGAUUGAACAUCUUGACGAGAGAUUUCGUCAAAUAUUAACUACAAGAGAUCCGGGCGUAUUAGGAGCCAUUUUAUGUCUUUUUGUCGAUUUUGUAAAGAAAGAUCCGAGUAAAUUCAAAGAUUUGGUUCCUGUACUCGUAAAUAUUCUCGAACAAGUGCUUGAUAGAUAUUUGCCUAGAAAUUAUGAUUAUCAUGGAGUUCCUGCUCCUUGGAUUCAAGUAAAGGUUAUUGAAAUGAUGGGAAUGCUGGCGCAGGAUGAUGAAAAGCAAGCCGAAAAUGGUGUAGAUUGUGCUUACGCAAUAAUAUUUGAAUGCAUUCGCGCGUUAGCAAGAUUACAUCCACAAGUCUUGAGGGCCCUCAUUCAUAAACCAUCGCAUCUUAACCCACUCAGUAUAAUCACUCGCUUCUUAAAAUCACAUAAUCAUAAUCUAAAAUAUUUGGGAUUGAUCGCAUUAUCUGAAGUUGAUCCUAUUUGGUGGGCUGAAGGUGAAUGGUGUGGAGAGGAGCAAAUGAAAGUUAUUGUUGAUUGUUUAGAAGAGAAAGACGAUUCCCUCAAACGAAAGACAUUGGAUUUAUUAUAUAAGAUGGCUAAUUCACAAAAUGUGGUCAUCAUCGUGGAAAAAAUGAUCGAAGCAUUACGCAAUACUUCAGCAACCGAUGAAUUUUUGCGUAAAUUAUUAGUUGAUAGAAUUAUUCAAAUAACUGAAAAAUAUCCUUUAGAAAUUUUGUGGAUGAUAAAGUCCAUAAUUACAACAUUCGAAAUUGCUGGAGAUUUGGUUCAAGAAAAAACCGGAGAUUUCGUUUUUUUGAUUGUGUCUAAAAAUACCGAGAAAGGCAGUGAAUUACGUAAAUGUGCUUUCGUGGAAGCUUUAAAAGUCUUGGACAAAGAUUUAAGCAAUACCUCUUUGAGUUUACUUACCUGGACUGUCAGAGUGCUGGGAGAAUUCAUGGAUCAUUCAGAUGCGCAAUCCGAGAAAGUUAUCGAUACGUUCUGUGAAUUAUUAAAUAAGGAGUAUGCUACCCGUGGUUUUCAAAGUUCAAUAAUUACCGCUUUACUUAAAUAUGUGUCAAAGACAAAAGAUUGUUCAGAUAAAAUUAUGGAAGCUGUCGCUAGGUGUAGAGAAUCUUCUUCUAGUGAUAUCAAACAAUUACUGGAACCAUCAUAUACCGACGAAAUCACUAUUGACGAGACACUUUCGUUUCUUGAUGAAUUUGUUGAAACAGCUUUGAAAGACGGAGCCAAGCCUUAUAAUCCUAUACCAAUUGUUCGAAGCAAGGAAACAUCCGAAUCCGAAAAAAAACCGAUAGAAAUUCGAUAUGAAGCUUACGACAAACCAACAUUACCAUAUUAUCGGAACCAAUCAUCAAUUUCUAAUUCAAAUUUAAGUGAACCGAGAUAUGGAGACUCGGGACUUGCCACAUCACCAAUUGAUGAUGGCAUUUUAUCUAGUUGGAGCGGAAAUCCACCUGUAACUCCAGGUCAGUUGGCGUGGAUGAGCGUGUCACAAGAUACGCUUUCGCCUGGAGAUUAUGGAGAUUAUGAAGAAUUCGAUGGAAGACAGUCAUUAAUGGCGUCUGUUGCGAGGGUAGUAACGUCACCAAGUUCGUUGAAAUGGAGCCAUACCGGAUACAAACCGAUUCAACAGCAGUCAUUGCGCAUCGUUUCUAAUUCUCCAACAUUAUCAGCCAUCUCUAGCGAAGAGCCAGCGAAUAGUUCAUCGAGUAACGUUCAUCCGUUUUUGAGAACAUCAGUCAAGACUACCCCUAUAACAUCAAUUACGGCAAAGAAUGUUAUCACACAUGAAAAGGAUAGAUUAGCUUCGGCUUUAUUUAGUGGAGUUGGAACAAACGAGGGAAUUAAUUCUUCAAUUUAUGGACAUUCCGUGGAUGUUAGUAGAAGCGGUAAUCUCCCCAAACAUCAUCCCCGGAAAAGCAUGGGAGCUUCACAACAUCAUGCAAAGACCGAAUCUACAUUCUUAGAAACAUAUAGUAAUAUUAGGGGAUCUCUGCUUAUGAAUAAGAAUAUACUACGACAUUUAAGCCCUAUCCAAAUGACCAUAAAAGAUUAUGAGAAAUUUUGGACAAAUUUGUCUAAUGAAAGACAGGAAGAAGUGGUAGGAGAAUUGGUUAUAAACAAUAUGGAAAUUAUAAAGCAAAGAUUGGAGGAUGGGAUAAAUGAAAAGUUUAAUGUUAAUACAAGUGGAAUUGGAAGCAGAAGGGGAAGUUGGAAAGUUAUUGAAGUUAUUGACAGAGAAGCUAUUGCAGCAUCUCAGUAUAAUCAUCCUAGUCAGAUCAGUAGUUCCACAUUAUCUCUGAGCGGAAAUAUAGUAUUAUUGCAUUUUAAAAUUCAACCUUUGCAUUGUGUAUUUACCAUUAGAAGUAACAUUGGAGGAAUUAUAGAUGAUGUUACGGAGGAGAUGAAAUCAUAUUUUAUGUGGCAAGAAUAA